AUGCGAGGAAAGGACAUCCCAGAGAAGUACAUCCGUAUAGUUCAAGACAUGCACAAAGAGAGCGAGACAAUGGCCAGGUGCAUAGCGGGAACAACAGAGCCUUUCAAGGUAGAAGUGGGGUUACAUGAGGAGUCAGCGUUGAGCCCGUUCCUAUUUGCUAUCAUCAUGGACACCCUCACAGAGUAUCAGGAAACAGGCUCCUUGGAACAUGAGAGGAAGUUUACGGAUGCAAGACCAAAAACUGCAAGAAGUGAAUUCAGGUACCUUGGUAGCACAGUACAAUCGGAUGGUGGAGUAGAAGCAGAGAUCAGCAGGAUCCAAUCAGGAUGGAACAACUGGAAGAUGGCCGGUGUGAUGUGUGACAGGAGGUUCCCAGCCAGAGUUAAGAGAAAGAUCCACCAGACCGUGAUCCAGCCGGCAAUGCUUUAA